AACUGCUCAAUUCAUGCAUGUGUUUCUGUGUUACUACGUGUAUGCAGACGAAACAGUGAUGAUUGAAAAGAAAGGUUUCAUUUCUAGAGAUGUACAUCAUGCUGUGUGUUCAGUGCACUGUGAGAUCUCUGUCUGAACCUGACAAUCCUCAAUCUGUAGUCCAUUUUGAUUUCACUAAGUGAUUACUGUCAAUCACGUUCCAGAUUGCUUCCACAAAAUCAGCUUUUCAGGAGGAAAGUGCAGCGCCACAUGGUCGUUUUGUUGCAAAACUGCACAGUAGAGCUCAAAAACUGGCCCAAACCCCUCAAAUUGGUAGGUUUAGUAAGCGAUUGGGGUGGAGGAUAGUAAAAAAUAAUGCCAAAUUGGACCUACAUGGCAAAAACAAUGACGCCCAAAAACGACUAUAUAUGAACUAAACUGGCCAGAGAGAGAGAAAAGAAAUACUAAAUAGGCCUAACACAUGAAUGAAGCUGUACUGAAUCUGUACUGAAUCCUCUUGAAUGAGUUUUCAUUCAGCUUUAACUGUAGUCAGUCACUGAAUGAUACUGUGAGCUUUAAUGAAGCACUGCACUCGUCUUUUCUUCCCUAUUGUGCCGUAUAUCCGAGUGAAACGCUUCUGGAACAAGAACAAAUGUAGGGCGAGGCUUGAUUUUGUCCGCUGGCAAUUGAUUAGAUAGUUGUGGUUUGCUAUUGGUGGAUCUCAUGUGAGUGACAGGUUGCCCCGCCCUUGUCAUCAGAGAAGAGAAAAGGGAGGGAAAGUAGCUCAAACAGUCAAUCAUGGCAACUCCAAGGUCAUGGGUUCGAUUCCCAGUGAAAGCAAGAACUUUUUACCCUCUUUACACUACAAAGAAUAGUAAUUACAAGUAGGCUAGUUUUGGUGAUUAAAAUUAAUGUAUUUAGGUAGAUUCAGCGUUAUUAUGUAAUGUUUUGACUUGACUAAAAUCAGUUCGUUUAGAUGUUACCUAUAGUUUAGGUAACCUUUUUUAAAGUGAAGCUACCUGAUUUUAAUGUGAAUUUAAUGUUACUUUAGUGUCAUUUUCACUCAUGUGAGUCAAUGACCCGUUUAGAAAGAAGCCAAAGCCCUGCUAGGUGAAAUAUGUCAUGAGUUGUGUAAAUAUAUCUUUCAAUAUCAGAGAGGGAGACCAUAUGUCGGACGAGAGCGCGGAGGCUUACGGCAAAGCUGCCUUAUCCACAGCAUUACAGACUCUAAGAAAGGAUUUACUUUUUAAUUCUUGAUUAGAUAGAAUGUUUCUGCUAAACGAAAGUAGAAAGAACACACACGACCUGGCCAACAUGACUCACUCACUCACACACACAGACACACACACACAAAAAAAAAAAAAAACAUUAGUGUGAUCAUCAUCAGCGCUGGAUCGUACCGCGCGCGCGCACACACAUAGCCUACACAAGCGCGCGCGCACAGCAGAGAGAGCAGGAGGAACUCGCGGUUUCCUCACAACACCUUCAGCCGCGUCUCUGAGGCGCACAAACAGCUGCCGGAGGCAAGGAUGCGCGCGCUCUCGCGCUCGUGAGAAUCUCCGCGGAUCCUUCAGUCGCACUGGAUCUGAUGCGGGACACGAAAGCGCUGCAUCCAUGACUUUACACGCGCUGCUGCUGUACGGGCUCGGACUGACUUUGGCAUCAGCACUGCUUUCCACACAGGUCGCCGGCCUGCAGUGUUACGGCUGUAACGUCUUCCACGGGCAGAAGUAUGUGGACGUGGGCUGCAGCCGUCCGGAGGUCAUCACGUGCACACACUCGCACAAGGGCUUCAAGCACCGCUUCUGCAUCAAGACGGAGAGCACGGCGCUGGGCAUCGUCCUUACCAGCGGCUGCGCCACUUCACGCCACUGUCAGCAGCAGGAACUGCCAGGCGUGAGCAUCCACUGCUGCGACUCGGACCUGUGCAACAGCGCCACCCGCCGGCCGCCGCACACACUGCAGCUGCUGCUGGCUGCGCUCCUGUGGAUGUGCUUAUGAUUCCUCUGCACCAGGAACUCUAGCAACGAGAAAGUGCACAGAACGCACAGCAUUUCCACACGGAUUUCCACUAUUACACAGUAAUGAUCUCAACACCAUCAGUCUUUAUACACGUUCAUUUUGAUUUCUCCUCAUGAGAAACAUCAUGUAAACAGUUGUUUAGUCUGUUCUAGCGCUGUAUUUUAGUUAUGUUCUGCAUGUACAUCUACAGUAAUUGCAAUAACUAUAGGUACUAAACUGAACCUGACCCUGUUUUCAAUAGAGUAAAGAUCGAUGUUCAACGUGAAGUCAGUCACCAUUAAAUCAAAAUUUACAA